GAGAGACAAACUGUGGCAAGAAAAAGGGCAUCUUUGAUUGGGCAGAUUCCGCCGACGCACCCUUGGUAAACAAGACCCUCUCUCCCUUUUGCUACCAACUUGCAUCUUCGCAAGCCGCGGAAAACUGAGGGAACUUCCGAGAGAAAGCGACCUAAGAAAGGGAACUGGGCGCGCGCACGGAUGAGAAGGCCUCCAAAAGGAGGCGAAGCCGCCGGGAUCAGUCUGCGAGCGCCCUCCCUCCCUCUGGGUUGGCGCCCGGUUUCGAGGAUUGGUCGAGCCCCCGCCCCGUCUGCUGCAGCCCUUGGAUGGGACGGCGGUCGCCGAACUCAAUGUGAGCUGGAUUCCUACAGGUGGAAAUGCCACACUCUCUGCUUACCAUGCUGCUCCUGCUGCUGUGCUCGGGAGCAGCUGCCUUCCGGAUAUGUGCCUUCAACGCUCAACGCUUUGCUCAAGGAAAGGUGAACAAACCUAAAGUCGUGGACUUCCUUGUCAAGAUCUUGGCUCGCUGUGAUAUCUCAGUCUUACAAGAAGUGAUGGAUGCCAAAGGAAAGGCAGUGCCUGCUUUGAUGAAUGCUUUGAACCAGUUUGAUGACCUACACAGCUAUAGUCACCUCACCAGCCCUUUGCUGGGGCGUGGAAAUUAUCAAGAACGAUAUGUAUACAUAUACAGGAACCAGAAGACUUGGAUACUGGAUUACUAUACAUAUGAAGACGUGCAUCCAGACCGACCUGAUGUCUUUGCUCGUGAACCCUUUAUUGCCCGUUUCAGCAUGGCAAACAAAGAGCUCCCAAAGCUGGUGCUGAUCCCACAGCACACGAUGCCUUCCAAGGCAGAAGCUGAAAUCGAUGCUCUCUAUGAUGUUUUCCUGAAUGUUCAGGAACGCUGGGCCACAGAGGACAUGAUUUUCUUGGGUGAUUUCAAUGCGGACUGUGGAUAUGUGGCCAAGAAACGUUGGAAAGACAUCCGCCUGCGCCAGAAACCUGGCUUUCAUUGGCUCAUUGGAGACCAAGCGGACACCACUGUUCGAGAGAAGACCCACUGUGCCUAUGACAGGAUUGUGAUUCAUGGCGAACGCUGCCUGGAUGCUGUUGUGCCUGGAUCAGCUCGGCCAUUUGAUUUCCCCAAGGAAUUUGGACUUUCCGAGGAAGAGGCUUUAGAGAUCAGUGAUCAUUAUCCUGUAGAGGUGGAAUUUGUCUCAUCCUGUAAGAAGCUCCAGCCAGCUAGUUUAGCUGGUCUUGUGUUGCUGACCAUAGUUGUGAUAUCAGAUUCAAGAUGUGGCAUAUGAAGGAAGAAGAUGGCUGUUGUGCUAGAUACAGGUGGAGGCUUACCGAAAGGGUACUUUUUGCUCUCACAAGAGCACUUGAAUCAAUUAUGUUGACUCUAGAUUCAGCUUUCAUCUCUGGUGACUCCCUGAUGUUCAGACAGUAAGUUCUGGGAAAGCCUGGGAAAUGGGUCCAGUCAACAGGAGUGCUGCUUUACCACCAGCUUAUGAAGUACUUAGGAGGUGAGAGCUUGACAUCACAAGGAAACAACAGCCAAUGAAUUAAUAGCCAGCCAUCAACAUCCCAGUCAACAACUGAAAAGCUACUUACAACCAGGCAACAUAUAAAUGCCACAGAGAGAACAGCUGAAAGUACACACUCUACUAGAGAGACAUUUCCUGAGGAUGGGCUCCGGCACAAGUCCAAAAACUUGGAAGACUAAACCUCUGGUCCUGAUGACCAACCAGAGUGGAUCCUGCAAAAUUAGGUUCUCCCCAAAGUAUCUUCUCAAGAUUGGCAAAAAGACCAAGCAGUAAAAAUGUAUACAAGGUUUGCUUGUCCAGUUGAGCCUUGCUUGGGCGAAGACUCUGAAUUUGGGUAUCUACUCACAUUCUCAAAUAUCCUUACAUGCUGACUUCUUGGUUCUGCUUCCUGAUUGUAUUUUGGCUCAACUACCUCAGGGAUCCUGAAUACUAGAUAGAUUUGGUCUCACUCCUGCCUUCUGUCAGAAACUCAACCUGGGUUCCAGGUUACAAAGAGGUCUUCUCAUGAUUUAAGUUCAAAAAGAUGACAGCAGGACCUUCCUCAAAGAUAUGUAUGUACUGUAGUUUGUAUGUUAUCAUUUGCUGUUCGUUUGUUCUAUAUUUGCUCUAUGUUCUGUUAUACAGAAAAUGGAACUAACUAUCCAUUAAUAUAUGGGUUUUUUAAAAAAUCUCUCCACUGAAAUUCAUGGGAUGAAAAUGUUUCAUGCCAGUUCUGAGGCUGCUAUGAAAAUAUAUUUUAAUGGGACUAUGGUGAAAUAUAAGAUGCAGUGAAAAUCAUCUCCUCUAUUGUGCUUCUGCCUCCACCCAUAUUUUUGGAUAUUCUGAUGGAAGAUCUAAUCUGGAGAAACACUCAGGCUGGCAAAUGAUUUUGCUGUGAUAUUUUGCAAGUGGUAAACAUGGCGGUGACAUUUACAUCUUACAGCUUUACAACAUAUCUUGCAUUCUACCAAUAUAGUAAGAUUUCUCUCCCUCAAAUGGACUAUCUCAAACAUAGGACGUCUUAUCUGGUAUCUUAAUCAGAUUAACCAAAAUGACACAAAUGUGUCAUAUUUGAAAUUGCCCAUAACUCUUCAUCAUGUGAUGUGAAAAUUAGGAUAAAAAGAGGUUGAGAGUAGUAGCUCAAAAAUUAAGCUAAAUAAAUAAAAAUUAAGCUAAAUAAAUAAAAAUUAAGCUAAUUAAAUAUGAUCUUUGCAGUUUAACUCAAUCUGGAAGAUUGCACCAAGCUUUCUGGAACAAUGAAAUAACCUUGAUCAAAAGGAUAU